AUGUACAAACUUUAAACCAAAAGGGUAAAAGCUGCUGCUGGGCAGAUGUGGACUUCAAAUCUCUCCAAGAUCCAACAAGCUCUUAAAAAUGUUUACCAUAAAUGUAAGAACAACCCAGAUUCAACUAGACAUCCAACUAUGACUUCCUAUGGUUGUGACCAAGAUGACAUGAGUACUGAUGAAGAAAUGAAUCUUAUAGUAAUGCUCCAAGAUAUUAAAACUGCCCAAAUUGAACUCCUCAGUCAAAUGACUGACAUUCUCAGUGUGGUAUCCAAAAUGCAGGAAAAUACUGACUUUUAUCAGAAGCAGAUGGAGAUACUGGAAACCAGAAUGAAUGUUAAUGAAGACAAACAAUGUACAGUAACUAAAGAUAUCUUCUCUACGAAGAAACACAUUGAUGCUUUAAAGAAGAAGGUAACAGAACUGGAAAGCCAGAAUUGUUGCUCCAGCAUACAUUGUUUAGAAGUUCUGGAAGGAGAACUUCUGGGUAAAGAGAUCGUAGAACAACUUCACAAACUACAACCAGAAACUUUGAAGAACACAUUGGCUUCUACACAUGACAGAAUCUCUUCAGCAGAACCAGAAAAAGUGCCCAGUUGUCCUGAGCCCACUGAUCAUUUUGAGAAGAAAACAAUUUCCUCCAAAACUAAAACUCCGAACAAAAGUAACGACCAAAAUGCAUUAAGAAGCCUUAGAAAACCAAAGUCAAAUAUUUAUAUUUAUCCAGACUUUAGUACAUGGAUCAAGCUAACUUUUGUCCAUGAAGGAAAGUGGAGAUUUUUCCUCAAAGCUACCAAGUUACAGGAAUUCAUCCAGGGGCUUCUUUCUAAGCCAACCAUCCCUCCUGAGGAACCACAACUCAUAACCCAGAGAUAUUGUCCCUUCACUGGGCCUCUUGCGAGUUUGAUGGCAUUCUGUCUCUCUGUUUUCAACUACGUUUAUUGUCUUUUUGGUUUCUCAAAAGAGGAAGUAACUCGACUAUAGAGUCAUUUUCUGCUUUGUUUGGCACAAAAUAAAUGUAACUUGGUUGUUCCAAGCAUUGACACAUCUUUGCAGUGGUUGUGAACUCCUUGGCAGUUUGUUCACUGUAGGCUUACGGCCUAUGAAGUUUUUAUGUGUCUUAGGCAAGAUAUAUCAUCCCAUUGGACAAUUGUGAUGCAUUUUCUAUCAGUGUUCUUGUUUUCUCACAGGCAAGUCAUGAGGACUCACCCAGUGCCUGUGUUAUAGAUCAUUGGAAGGAAAGAAUAAAGAAGUCAAGGGAAUAAAGAGCACAUUUGGUAGUCCCCACAUCAGUUUUCUAUAUCCUCUUGUCUUAGUGGCCUUUGUAGAUAAGAUCUGUAAUACCAGAGACAGACUCCACUAACAAAAUUUUAAACAGCAUGCAAUGGAAAAGAUAGCCACUAACAAAGCUACUAAAGUUAGAAUUAUAAAAAUAAAGGGCACUGAAAGAACAA